UAACCUUUCCCAGGGGAGAUUGGAGAGGGGAUUCCAACCACAGAUGCAUGAUUUAGAAUUUCUCACUCGGUUGAUCCAUUCGCCUGGAGGGUGGGAUGUACCACCCUUUCAUAAACCGAAACCGACGCCCGAGGCCGCCGAUCAUGUGAGGGUUGAGCGUUUCGUGCGUUAUUCCAUCCAUUCAACUAUCUCUUAACUCAAGAGGAUCCGACCAUUGCCGCUUCUACAGUCCUCCAGGCCUUAUAUCUUUCUCAAUUCUCUUCUGGAUUGCGCCCAAGCAACUGGCUUUGCGGCACGCAUUCCCGUCACUUCAAAUUACACUCUCUCACCAUGGCCCCAUUCCGUAAUUUCCUGUCUCGCAAGUCUGCUGCACCUAGUAGCGUCGAUAUCACCACCCACGAUAAUACUAGCACUACUAGCCGACUAUCAAUCGAUGGCCAACGCUCGACACCUCUGGUUUUCAGGCAGAGUUUUGAGAAGGAACCGCCGGAAUACAAAUUGAGUGUUGUCGAUGCCAAUGGCGCUUAUCUUCCGCCAUCUCCGCCCGAGAAACAGAGCUUCUGGCCCAAAUACCCCGGCUCACCCAAGUCCUCACACCACCGCGACCUGGUCAAUGAGAACGAACCCUUCUCGAUAUCGCGGGAGUCCUUUGACUCCUAUCGUCGCUCCUUUGAUAUCUCCGCCCGCUCCCCCGUGUGCUACACUGAUGCACUGCCCUCGCGGACAUCACUUGACUCACGCGUCUCUCGAAUGACAUCGCCGCCCUCCACACUACACACAGGUCUCUGCAGGCAGCCCGAAUCCAUGGAAGAGGAGCAAUUUGAGGAUGUGGGACUUGACGACGAGAACGAGACCAAACCUAAGAGGAAGAGUAUUUUCUCUCGCUUCGGCGACUUCACAUCAAGCGAUUCACAUAACUCCAGCAACAGCAAGUCUUCGACCUUGGGUUUCCAUAUUCCUGGACGCAAACGAGGACAAAGCAACGGGGCGUCGGAAUUAGGCCCCUUCAAGUCUCCACCGGCGAGUGCCGGAUCGGAGAUCAAUGAUGCAUAAUAAAUCUCCGAAUUUCAUGAUCGAUAAAGCCAUCACUCGAACGCGCUGCAAAAACUUGGAACCUGCUAGCCACCGCGUAGUGCAUCCACACAGUAUCGUUUCAUUAAUGAGCCCGAGAAUGACUUUAGCAGUUUUGUCGACCCCGCUUGUCCAGCGCAACGGAGAGUCUCUAUCGGCGUAACGAAGGCAUUGCGUGUUUACCAUACUGUCCAACUCUACACUAUUCUGGCAUAUUACUCUUUAUUCCACUAGAUAAUUAUUCAUGUAUAUAUCUUCGAAUUACUCUGUCUUCUAUG